CAGGAAAAUCCAGAUAUGUCUGUCCUAAAACAAGCUGCAGAUAGUGCCACGAAGAAGGCAAUUGACGCUUUCCAAGUGUUGAUGUCAAAGGGCCGCGAUUAUCCAGAUAAAAAAGAUUACAGGUGAGUCUUGUGUCUAUCUAGCGCAGACUGAUAAAUAUUCCUUUAGGAUAAGGGGAAUAUAUUUCUAUCAGUUCUGUAAAACUAAUUCUUGUUUUCUUUUUUCUUCAAUGAAAACAAUUUAAUCUUAAAGCUAUUGUUUAAAUGUUGUAUAUUAUACAUGUAUGUCAACGCUGCACUAUCUGAAAAGGAUUGUAAAAAUCUAUUAAAGUAUCAUUGCAUGACAAUGCAUUCCUAACAAAUAGUAUUAAAGCAAUUUUAACUUGGUGUGCAAUAGCAGUGCAUGCAUUUGUCAGAAUACUAUAUAUAGGAGAGAAAAUGUGGCAAUUAAAUUCUCACAAAUUCAUGUUCUGUAAGACAAUCCUCUAGUAUAAUGAAUGUGAAGGGCUUGCAAACAAACUUUCCAAUAUUGAUAUGUAUGAAAGAAUAUUUUUUGUUUGAAUACCAUUGAAUGGCAAGUGAUUACCUAUUUGUUUUCCAUAAUUUUUAGAUAUAAAGUAGAGAUGGACAUCCUAUUCAUUCAUAGAUAAAUGUUGAGUUGAUGGAUGUUGUCCGGCUUUUAAUUGUCCUUGAUUCUCUCAAAUAUUAAACUAUAAAAAUGUGUUACUUCAAAUUACAGUAAUUUAACCAAGAAGGAUGAGUUGUAUAAUGAGCUGGUUGCAGACUUCAGAGAAAAAGAAUUGAGCUUUCCUAAACCAACAGCUAAAAGUGAUGGGCAGUAUUUCAUACAGUAUGACAGCAGAUUGGACCAACAGUAAGUUGAACAUAUGGCACAAUGCUUUACAUUGUGCAUAUAUAUAUAUAUAUUGGUUGUGGCAUUGUAGGUAGAUGUGCUUUAAACUUUGCUUAUAUACCAAUAGCUAGCUCUCCAUUUAGCAUGCACUUUUCUGAUACACAGAAUUUAACCCUCAAAAUAUUUCCUGCACCUUAAUGAUGUAGAAUGCAUUUUGUUAAAUACAUGUAUAUAUUAAUUGUUUCUAACAAUUUUUAAAAACACCUGAAAUCAAUGUGGAUUUUGCACUUUAUAUAGCUUAAUUAUCUGACAGUUUUAAAGUGUUUAAAACUCUUUAUCAAAUUCUAUACCAUGUUUAGGCAUGAAAUUGUAUUGUUAUCAUUUCUUGUCUGAAUUUAAAUUUGUAUUCGAAAUAUAAACAUCAUUUGUACAUGUAUAUAUUUGCUCUACGAAAAAACUUUUGAAUUUUAAUACAAUAUAUUAAAUAAAUUUGUAUUACAUUUUCAGGUGCUGUGUAAUGCUUUGUGGUAUGUUACAAAUAAGCAUGACACCAUCAAUGAAGAGAGUUCUAGAAAAAGUGUUCUUGCAAUCCCAAAGUUUUUCAAAAAAUACCAAAACUAUAAUGACACUAAAAGAAAAAAGAUGAAAUGUAUAAAAUUGUCAGCCAAUUCCUUGGAAAGUCAUAGUCAGGCCCUCUACAGUAUACUUUUGAAACCAGUGAUAAAAAGCAGUCCUUCCUGGUGCAGAUUGCAUGAUGACAUCAAAGCCUUAGCAGACUGUUUGUCCCAUUACAAAGAUUUUCUUAACAAAAAGGCAAAGGAAAUAGGCAACAACCACAACUUACUACACCCAGUAAGAACAGUUGGUGAAUUUACUUCUGUAGAGCACAGAAGAAGCUGUAGACCUUGUGACCUCGACAAAAGAUACACUUUAUUGGAUGUUGCACUUAGAGAAGGAUCAGGAGACUUUCAUGUUUUUUUCGAUGAAGAAAAAUACUUGGAGCAUCCAUUUCAAAGCAAUAUUCAGAGAUACAGAUUCUUCUCAGAACUACAUCUGACAGUGCCAAUAGACAUAUUCAGAUUUUGUCCGGGCGGCUCGGUUGUGUCAAGUGUUUGUGUUGUUCCAGCAAGCGAAAAAAGAUCAGAACAAGAAAUUCUUGUUGACGGGGCUAGGUUUGCUCUAAAAAACAAGCAUCUUUUCAAGGAAUAUCACACCAGAGCCAUGAGACGAGCAUUUAAGGAGAAAGUGAAUAAUAUUACCCGUAUAUCUCCGGCAGUUCUAGAUAUGAUAUAUAAAGAACUUACCCUGGAUGCUACUACUGCAGCACAUCCAGACACUCAAGAAAGACUACGCUUAAUAUCUCUUGGUGAAACAGAACUUAUUGCAGACCUUCGACAUAUUAAUCCAGGGAGGCCAUCUGACAAGUUUGAUGAGUUUUUCCACCAUUUAGCAUCAGUUGUUGAGGAAUCUACAGCAGCAGAUGAACGGCGACACUCAAAUGCCCAUCUUUCAGAAUGGAUUUCUUUAGGUGACUUGAUGGAAAGAGCUAUUGAAAGAUGUCCAGCAAAUACACUGAUUCCUUCAAAAGCACUAGUGAGGCUGCAGUUUGCACCCAGAAAUCCCUAUGCCAAAACAGCAUGGUCAUUUACAUCAAAGAUUGAUGUACAAUAUAAAAUACAGAAAAGACAAUUAAGAGCAUACCAUCCAGAUGAACACUAUUGUAAUGCCUUGUUCAAAUACCAGAGAGAACGUGCUAUCGAACUGAACAAUCUCAUUGAUAUUAAUGUUGUUUUCUUCAGUUGCGAUGACAAGGCAAAAGUUCCAAUAGGAGAACCUGGAUUUGCUGUGAGUACUGGUGUUAGAGGAAAGAAAUCUAUUGCGCCAACAUCAACAACACUUGUGGCGGGAGAUCAUGAUAUGACAAAAUCUAGCCUAACACCAUCUGUAUCUCUGCAAAUAGAUAUACCAGGAUCUACAGAUGACUCUUUUGUCAGAGGACAAGUUAGUGUGACAGUGAAUGACUCUGUGUUUCAAGCAUCCACUCCUUUCAGACAUGCUGUUUCAAUAUCCAAACAAAUUGUGGACAAAGAGCAAGUCAAUGUUUUGUUAAAGUAUUCUGAUGGAGGAGUUGAUCACAGAAACAACCUAGAAAGUGUAAAAUGUGCAUAUAUAUGUAUGUUCAAAGAGUUAAAUCUUGAUAUGCUAAUACUCUGUAGAUGUGCUCCUGGCCACAGUUGGCGAAAUCCUGCUGAAAGAGUGAUGUCUAUUCUUAACCUUGGGCUACAGAACUGUUCACUAGAAAGAGAAAGACUCCCUGAACAUGAUGAAGCUUUGUUGAAAAAAUGCGGCAGUAUGAAAGAGAUCAGGCAAAUGUCUGUUAAAGAACCACAUCUGAAAGAGGCAUACAGAACAUCAAUUGAGCCAGUCCAAGCCCUUAUUCAAAAUAGAUUUAGAAGACUUAAACUGAAGGACAAGCCAAUAGAAACCAAAGAUCCAAUCACCGAAGAUGAAAUUGACCUGUUCAAGAGACAUUUAAGAGAAAUGUUCCCAGAAAUGAACUUGGAAAAACUUCAGAAAGUGAACACAGACAAAGUCAAGUCAUACACCAGUUGGAAACAAAGGCACUGCCAGGAGAGGCAAUAUAGCUUUCAAAUAAGGAAAUGUACAGAUGCUGGCUGUUGUAUUGCUCCAAACAUACCAAGAGAGAAGAUGGCUUGGCUGCCAGACCCCGUUUUGAGAGAAGACGAAGAUGGGCAUUUUCAAAUUUAUUCCGAAGUGAAUGGGAAGGAUACGUCAGAAGCAGAUAGACCCACCUACACAUCAGCCACUACAAGAUUAAGUCUGGGAAAGAAACGGAAAGUCAAUACCAAGACAACGGAUCCAAGUUUUAAUAUUAUAUCAACGGAUCCUGAUGUUCAAGGCAACUUCUCACUUACUGCACAAACUGCCCGUUCAACAACUAAAUGUGUAGAGUGUUUAAAGCCCAGAGUCAUCUAUGGAAAACUGAAAUUAUCGGGGAGACAAGAGUUGCUCUUGGCAGAGUUAAUAAGUGAAUACAGCUACACUUGUGGUGCCCCAUUGACACCACCAGGGCACAGUCUCCAUGGGAAAACCACGUUGAAAUUGGGGAUUGACUGCUCAUCUCCCUUGGAGUUAACAUAUUAUUCUUCAUCCCUGGGACCCACAGAUCUGUGUUAUUAUUGUGGGACAGAUGGUGCCUUAUUUGAUGUUUCACUAAAACAAAAAUUCAAAUCUGUUUUGCCUGUGUGCAAGCCUUGCCUAGAGAAAGGUCUUGCAUAUCCAACAUUUAGACCAUAUGGUAGAACAAAUACAAAGAAUUGAUAUGCAAGACCUUUCUCUAUAGCCAGUUCCAAGACAAAAUUAAACAAUGACAACAAAUACUUGGUUUUUUUUUUAUCUUACCCAGUUUAAUAGAUAAAUGGUUUAAUAUGCACAAUUGAACAGAUGGAGAGAAAAAAAAAAAAAAAAAAAAAAAAAAAAAAAACCCUACCUA